GUUGUAUCAAAGAGCAGAUAACUCCCGAAAAAUUGCGCAAGCCGGCUGUCUGUUAUGACAUUUGGGAGCCAGAUAACUUGCGGAAAGUUUUGAUUUGUGUAUCUGUGAAGGAUGAGUCAGCUCCCUAGACUGUCAGGAGCUCUGAGAGUCUUCACUGGACUCUCAGGAGCGGUUCCAUCAGAAUCAUUCCAAGAUGAAGAACUUCUGAAGAAAAGACAGUUUAUGACAAAGAAAAAAACUUCUGUGGAGGGGUCAGGAUGGCAGAAGCUGGUAGAGAAAAUAAAAGAGAACAGUUCAGCAUCUAAAGAUGAACUAGCUGGGUGGUUAAAGGAACUUUUGCAUGAUGCUAAUCAGAUAGCUGGAGAUACAGCUGAUGAAGAAGUAAUAGAAAGUGCAGCAGUAUAUCUCUUCUCUGUGUUUAAAACAGCUGAUAAAGUGACACAGAAACAAACUAACACAUUGAAAAGUGUAUUUGGUCCCUUCCCUGCAUCAGUUGCUACAAAGACUUGUUCCAUUGUGAACAAGAUUACAUACACUUUGCCUGAUGAUGUCAUACAGUUGCUAGGCAACCAGGAAAGGGAAGAAGCAGACGGCGAAGCAGCUGUCACAGAAUUUGGACAGUCGAUUAAAUUUGUGUAUCAGAAACCAAAUAUAAAAGAUGGAGAACUGUCUAGUACAGAUUCUGAAGAGGAAGAUAGACAAAUGGAGGUAGAUCUAAAUUAUACCCGGAAAAAGCACUCAUCAGGCCCUAAACAGGAAGUGAAGCAAACAACCAGUCAAAAUAUUGAUGCAGAAUGGUUGCAACAGGAAGUUGCAAAGUAUUAUGAGGGUAGUGACUCUUAUCUAGGAAUGAGAUCAGAAGAUUUUGCCGCUACAAUAUUUGAUGUCCUGUCAUCUCCUAAAUCAGAUUCAGAGUUACAGAAUGAUUUGUUUGAACUUCUUGGGUUUGAGAGAUUUGAACUGAUACAGAGCCUGUUAGGGAACAGGGAGAAACUGCUGUAUAAUGCUACAUAUGAACCAGAGAUGAAAAGAUCUAACAUGCAGAGGUCCAAGAAUGAAGGUGUAGGGAAACCAGGGUAUGGAUGUCAGGUCACAAUACAGUCUGAGCAGGAAAAGGCCAUGUUGAAACAGUUGAGGAAAGAUGAAAAAAAGAUGGACAAACGUAGCAUGCGUACUGAGGAAAUUGAUGAUUAUGGAUUUAAUCCUGCAGAAUUACGUGCUCAAAGGGAGGCAGCUUUACUGACAGCUAAAACAGCUCCAUUGUUCAGUGGGAAAUCUGCACAUCCUACCAGAGAACGCUAUCCAUACGUAUUUGAUAAAAUGGAGGAGGCAAGAGUGUCCUCGGCUUUUAUAGGAGGAGUAAAGAUGCAUUUACCAGAUACAGUGUCUCGUAACAACAAUAAGGUGUAUGAGGAAGUUAACAUACCACCAAGUGACGCUGCACCAACACAUGUUGGUGAUAAACGUGUUACUAUAGACAAACUUGAUGAAAUUGCAAGAGUGGCUUUCAAAAAUACGAAGUGCUUGAAUCGUAUCCAGUCGGUUGUAUUUGAGACGGCGUAUAAAACAAAUGAGAACUUGUUGAUCUGUGCACCAACGGGUGCAGGAAAGACAAACAUUGCCAUGCUGACAAUACUUCAUGAAAUGAAACAACAUAUCUCACAGGGUGUCAUCAAGAAAGAUGACUUUAAGAUAAUCUAUGUUGCACCAAUGAAGGCCCUGGCUGCUGAGAUGGUGCGUAACUUCGGGAAUCGACUUGAACCACUUGGCAUCUCUGUUAGAGAACUUACUGGUGAUAUGUCGCUCACCAAAGCUGAAAUCCUGAAAACACAGAUGAUGGUAACUACCCCGGAGAAGUGGGAUGUUGUGACACGGAAGAGUACUGGUGAUGUAGCUUUAGCCCAGCUGGUCAAGUUAUUGAUCAUAGAUGAAGUGCACUUACUGCACGAUGACAGAGGCUCCGUCAUAGAGAGUUUAGUGGCUCGUACACUGAGACAGGUGGAGACAUCCCAGAGUAUGAUCAGAAUUGUGGGCUUAUCAGCAACCCUGCCAAACUACCUAGAUGUUGCGAGAUUCCUGCAUGUCAAUCCAUACCAGGGACUGUUCUUCUUUGAUGGAAGGUUCCGGCCUGUGCCUCUAGGAAUGUCAUUUAUAGGAAUCAAGGCCUUGAAUCGUGUACAACAGUUGCAGGACUUUAACGCAGUAUGUUACGAGAAAGUUUUAUACCAAGUAAAGCGUGGUUACCAAGUGAUGGUGUUUGUACAUGCACGUAAUGAGACAGUGAGAACGGCAUCUGUUUUACGAGACCAUGCAAAAAACAACGGGGACAUCAAUCUGUUCCUGCCUGAACAAUCAGGAUCAUACGGGGAUGCUCUCAAAAAUGUGAUGAAGUCAAGAAACAAACAGAUGAAAGAGUUAUUCACAGAUGGAUUCAGCACUCAUCAUGCCGGCAUGCUACGACAGGACCGUAACCUUGUAGAGAAAUACUUUGCUGCGGGACACAUCAAGGUCCUUGUUUGUACAGCAACUCUUGCUUGGGGUGUGAAUCUUCCUGCCCAUGCUGUGGUUAUAAAGGGCACACAGAUAUAUGAUGCAAAGAAGGGAUCGUUUGUUGAUCUAGGGAUAUUAGAUGUGAUGCAGAUAUUUGGGCGUGCUGGACGACCCCAGUAUGAUACCUUUGGUCACGGUACUAUACUCACCACCCACGACAAACUGUCACACUAUCUGUCAUUGAUGACACGACAGAAUCCAAUAGAAAGCCAGUUCAUCAACAGUCUCACAGACAACCUGAAUGCGGAGAUUGCUCUGGGAACUGUAACAAAUGUAGAGGAAGCUGUCAAGUGGCUCAGCUAUACAUACCUGUAUGUACGUCUUACCUUUAACCCAUUGGUGUAUGGUGUACCUUACAAAAGUGUAGAAGAAGACCCUACAUUGACUCAGUAUAGGACAGAACUUAUAACAGUUUUGGUAAUUAAUGAAUACCUUAAAACAGUGAUGACAGAGGCUGAUAUCUUUGCUCUGGUGUCAAAGUCACAGGAAUUUGAUCAGAUAAAGGUACGAGAUGAGGAGAUGGAGGAACUAGAGAAGUUAUUACAUGAGACAUGUGAGAUGCAGGUACCGGGUGGUGUGGAGAACUCUUAUGGGAAAGUGAACAUCCUCCUGCAGAGUUUUGUAUCCAGACAGUAUUUGGACAGUUUCUCCCUGGUGUCCGACCAGUCAUACGUUGCCCAGAAUGCAGCAAGAAUCACAAGAUCUUUAUUUGAGAUCUGUCUGAAGAAGGGCUGGCCUAUCAUGGCUAGUCGAUUACUAAAUCUGAGUAAGACCAUAGACAAAAGGAUCUGGGGAUUUGAGACACCUCUGAGACAAUUUUCUGUCCUGACUGCUGAAAUUAUUUACAAGCUAGAGGCAAGAAAACUGAAGAUUGAUAAACUCCGAGAAAUGGAUGCAAAAGAGAUAGGUCACAUGGUUCAUCACGUGAAGAUGGGUAGUACUAUAAAAAAGUGUGUACACCAGCUGCCAUUGGUUGAUUUAGAAGCCACGAUCCAGCCCAUUACACGCACUGUACUCAGAGUGAGGCUUACCAUCACACCAAUGUUCAAAUGGGACGAUAAGGUGCAUGGUACAGGAGCAGAAUCAUUCUGGAUUUGGGUGGAAGACCCUGACAACAAUCAUAUCUACCAUUCUGAGUACUUCUUGCUUCACAAAAAGCAGAUGUACAGCAAAGAACCUCAGAUGCUUGUGUUCACAAUACCAAUAUUUGAGCCACUGCCUACACAGUAUUAUGUGAAAGCCAUAUCAGACCGAUGGCUGGGUUGUGAAUCCAUGUGUGCAAUAUCCUUCCAACACCUUAUCUUGCCAGAGAGACACCCUCCCCACACAGAAUUGUUGGAUCUUCAGCCACUGCCAGUCACAGCAUUGAUGAACCCCAUGUUGGAGACACUGUAUAACUUCAGCCAUUUUAACCCCAUACAGACUCAGUUAUUCCAUGUAUUGUACCACUCAGACCACAAUGUUCUCCUUGGGGCACCAACAGGAUCUGGGAAAACAAUUGCUGCCGAGUUAGCUAUAUUCAGGGUGUUCAGAGAGCGACCAAAUCAUAAGGCUGUGUACAUUGCACCUUUGAAAGCUCUUGUGAGAGAAAGAAUGGAGGACUGGAAAGUCCGGAUUGAACAGAAGCUUGGCAAAAAGGUAGUAGAGUUGACAGGAGAUGUGACACCAGACAUGAGAGCUAUAGCAAAGGCUGACCUCAUAGUGACAACUCCAGAGAAAUGGGAUGGUGUUUCUAGGAGCUGGCAGACUCGUAACUAUGUCAAAGCUGUCUCACUUAUUGUGAUAGAUGAAAUACAUCUUUUAGGAAAUGACAGAGGACCUGUUCUUGAAGUAAUUGUCUCAAGAACCAAUUUCAUCUCUUCACACACAGAGAAGAAAGUGAGAGUUGUUGGCCUGUCUACUGCUCUAGCUAAUGCCAGGGACCUUGCUGACUGGUUAGCUAUAGGACAGGUUGGUUUGUACAACUUUCGACCUUCAGUACGACCUGUUCCACUGGAGGUUCAUAUACAUGGCUUCCCAGGCCAGCAUUACUGCCCAAGGAUGGCCACCAUGAAUAAACCCACAUUUCAAGCAAUCAAAUCACACUCCCCUUCGAAACCAGUACUGAUCUUUGUAUCAUCACGACGACAGACCAGACUAACUGCUUUGGAUCUAAUUGCAUUUCUAGCUGGGGAAGACAAUCCUAAACAAUGGUUACACAUGGCUGAAAACGAGAUGGAAAAUAUCAUAAGUGGAGUGCGAGACACCAAUCUCAAGUUGACACUAGCUUUUGGUAUCGGAAUACAUCAUGCAGGUCUCAUAGAAAGGGAUAGAAAAAUCACAGAGGAACUCUUUGUCAACUCAAAAGUGCAGGUCCUAAUUGCCACCAGUACAUUGGCUUGGGGUGUGAACUUCCCAGCUCACUUGGUUGUUGUGAAGGGUACUGAGUUUUACGACGGGAAAACGCGCAGAUAUGUUGAUUUCCCCAUCACAGAUGUGUUACAAAUGAUGGGUCGUGCUGGCCGCCCACAGUUUGAUGAUCAGGGUAAAGCUGUUAUACUGGUACAUGAUAUCAAGAAACAUUUCUACAAGAAGUUCCUGUAUGAACCAUUCCCAGUGGAAUCAAAUUUACUUGAAGUGCUAGCUGACCAUCUGAAUGCCGAGAUUGUUGCAGGAACAAUAACCUCCAAACAGGAUGCGAUGGAUUACAUCACAUGGACGUACUUCUUCCGUAGACUUGUCAUGAAUCCAAGUUUCUACAACCUUGAUGACACUGAUCACAACAGCAUUAACAAGUUCCUGUCAGGGCUGGUUGAAAAGGCAUUGUACGAGUUAGAGAGUUCCUACUGUCUAGAAGUCGAUGAGGAUGGCUCCACAGUGCUUCCACAGACACUGGGAAGAAUUGCCUCCUACUAUUACCUGACACAUGUGACAAUGAGAAUGUUUCAAAGUGAACUGCAAGCUGACUCAGCUAUUCCAGACCUUAUUGAAGUUCUAUCUAAUGCUUCAGAGUACGCAGAGCUUCCUGUACGACAUAAUGAGGAUCAGAUCAAUAGUGAUUUGGCAAAACAAAUACCCCUGGAGGUGAAUCCCCACACGAUGGACUCGGCCCAUACAAAGACAAACAUCUUGUUACAGUGUCACUUUGGUUAUAUACCCCUCCCAUCCACAGACUACAACACUGACACCAAGUCUGUACUCGACCAGGCUAUAAGAAUUUGUCAGGCUAUGCUAGAUGUAGCUGCUGACCAAGGUUGGCUGGUGACUUCGUUAGGUAUCACACAGCUUGUACAGAUGUUAGUACAAGGGCGCUGGUGGCAUGAUUCUUCACUGCUUACACUACCUCAUGUUACACCAUAUCAUAUCUACUGUUUUAGAUCAAAGAAGGGAGGUAAGGAGGGCACAAGACGUAUAGAGACAUUACCUGAGUUGAUGGCAGUAUGUGAUGGACAUUACAAUGUUCUGUUUGACAUGUUGCAAGAUGAAAUGGAGAAACAGCAUAUAGACCAGAUAUACCAAGUGUUGUCAAAGUUACCUCAGAUUGAGGUGAUGUUUACAGUGAAGGGAUGGUGGGAAGGAGGUGUGGGACAACAAGAACAGAAAGCCAUUGAUACUUCUAGUCAUGGUGGAAGAGUGUCAGACAAACAGUGGAUUCAGGUGCAUGCUGACCAGGAGUAUGUAAUACAGGUACAGCUUAACAGAAUCAACAAACUUAAGAAAUAUGACAGGAAGGCUUACACCCCAAGGUUCCCAAAACCCAAAGAUGAGGGCUGGUUCCUAAUCAUUGGUAAUGUGGAUUCAAAAGAUCUUGUUGCUUUGAAACGAGUACCUUAUAUCAAAGGUAAAUCUGAAGUUCAGCUGUCAGUGUAUAUGCCAGAGACUCCAGGCCGGGUGAUUUACACAGCCUAUUUGAUGAGUGACUCAUACCUAGGUCUGGACCAGCAGUAUGACUUGCAUUUUGAUGUGAUAGAACAGAGUAUAGAGGCCCAAGUUAACACAGAACUAAAAGACGAACUGGCAAACCUCAGCUUUGAUUCUUGAAACACACCUCAAAAACAGGAAAAAGACAUAAUAUGAUCCUAAGGGUGAUUGCAAAGGAGUCUGGAGUUAGUAAUAUGAAUACAAGCAAUAUGACAUUAAGGCUAGAAUGUUGUGCACUAAGAUGUGUUUCCUGUCGACUGUGUCAGAGGUUGACCAGAACAGUUCAGUUAAAAGUAUUAGAUGGGUCUUGCGUUGUCUUUAUUAACAUUGCAAUGGGAGAAUUUUUUUUUUAUCUGUUAUGUUGUCUGAAAGUAACUAUUAUUUGAUACAAUGAUUAGAGUUCAUACAACUCAUGAUUACUGUUGAUGCAAAUCACGAUUUACAGUCAUGAUUACAAUUGAUACAAGUCGUGAUUACUAUUGAUGCAAAUUGUGAUUUACAGUCGAGAUUACAAUUGAUACAAGUCGUGACUACUAUUGAUGCAAAUUGUGAUUUACAGUCGUGAUUACAAUUGAUACAAGUCAUGACUACUAUUGAUGCAAAUUGUGAUUUACAGUCGUGAUUACAAUUGAUACAAGUCAUAAUUACGAUUGAUUACUGUUGAUACAAGUCAUUAUUACAGUCAUGAUAAUAGUUAAUACGAUUCAUGAUUACAGUUGAUAAAAAUCAUGAUUACAUUUCAAUAGUUUGUUUCAGCAUUGUUAAUAAUGAAAGGAAAUGAAAUUUCCUUAUAAUUUGUACUGAAUGAUAUAUUAAAAAUGUGUUAGUUUUAUCUUUUGUUUUGGUUUAGGAAAGAAAGUUUUGAUAAUUUGGGUCUUGGUUGUGUGAUACUUUUUGUAAAUGAAUAGGUAACUAGUUAAGGUGAAUUGGUAGAUGAUUAGCAUACAUCGAUAUCAGGGUCUAUAAUCAUCAGCAGUAUAUGUCUGAAACUUUGACUCAAGAAGGCAAAAUUUUCUUUUUUUUUGAUGUAAGAUAGCAGUUCUGCUUAUACCUUUGUUAAAAUGUGCAUUUCAGAUUAUUUUUGUGCAGAAUCCUUCUUCUUUCAUACAAAAUUCAGGAAAUGGUAAGUUUUGCAUUUUUGUGUGUACAUGAGUAAAUGUGUUUCAGAAUGUUAAUGAACAUGUACUGUGGUGUAGGUGUUGUAAAUUGAUGUUAAUUUGAUGUUGCUUUGACAAUCUGAGGGAAUAUAUUUUGAAAUCAUAUGGUGUUUAUAAUAAGGGAGGUAACUGCUCUGACCACAAAAAAUGUCUAUGAAAUUAUCUCUCUUUGACACUAUGAAAUAAUAGUCAAGCAUACCCAUAUAAAAGAUGCCACCAUAACAGAGUAAUAAAGGUUGACUUUGAGUCGCUUGCAACAGUUUUAAAAGUUAGUUCAUGUGACAACUCGAGUAUUACAGAAUGAAAUGAACAAAGCCAUAUACUUAGUUAUAAUUUUAUUGACACAAAAAUAUACCAUGAAGAAUUUCUGUGAUUUUCAAUGAGAUAAAAAUGUGAGAUGUCAUGUUAAAAAGGACUAAGUGAUAAAAAUGACUUUGAAAACUAUAGCUUGAAGGGUUUUUGAGCGCCACUGUGCAAAAGCCAGUGAUAGAACUUUGCCAGCAGUAUAAAAUCAAGAUCAUCCUGCACAUACAUGUAGUCUGAUCUGGAUCCAUACUGUUCACCUAUCAGUUGUAUGCAAGAACUGAAAUUGAUAAACAAACACCGAUCUGAACUCCUGCUGGUUGCAUUUUUUAAGCCCUAAUCUUGGUUUUUGCACAGCAGCACUCAUUUGUGGAUUAUUUAGAACUGAACUGGUGUAAGUAGGUCUACAUUCAUAACAGUUGUACUAACUAUAGAUUGUUGCUUAAAACAACAUCAUUUUGGAGAAAGGUCUUUUUUUAACCUGCCAACUCACAGAUAGUAAUGGUCAUAAUUUUUCAUUUGAGACAUCACACUGAAAAGUACCAUUUUGCUGAAAUUUUCAAAAUUUUGAUUUUUGUAUAAUGGUAAAAUACAAUCUAUUUUAUUUAAGAACAUUUAUGUUUGCUUUCUUCUAUGAUUUAAUCCUUUCAGGUUUGCAGAGUAUUUUGAAAAUAUUUGAUUAACGACAUUUCGUAACCAAUCAUUGGUCUACAAGACAGCCCUUUUCGAUGUAACAACUCUGAUAUAUAAAUCAAACAUUUAAUGUAUAUUAUGGUUAAUGUGAUAUGGUUGGACAACAUUAAAAAUGUUAAUGGUUA